AUGGCUGGAACAGAAGUUGCAAUUAAUAAUCCAGAUAAUAAUAAUAUAGUAACUAUAAUUGAACUUAGUACAAAAUUUAAAUUUGCAAUAGUCACAAAUUUCAAUAUGGAUAUGGAAAUUUGUUCUCCAGGUUCCUUUGAAAUAUUACGCUGCGACACCAAAUUAAAUAAUCUAACCAACAUCCAAAAUGGAUGCCAAGAAUAUAUUUCUGGCCCUAUUAUUAAUAUUACCGAGGGUGCUGAUGAUAAGUACUGCUGUUAUACCUUUAAAGCUAACAAAGCUAUAGAGUAUACACAUGGAAAGCCAGAUGGCUUGAACAAGUUGAAAUUUUAUUACAACAUUAAUGCAACGGAUGCUGAAAAAGAAAAACUUGGUGUAGCUUUAAUUCAAAUAAGAGUUUUUUCGCCUGACUUGUUGGAUGUCAGUGAGAUGGACAAAGCUGUUCGAUCACGUAUCAACCUUCAAUGGGAUUUUAUGUCAGGAAUAAUAGGCUAUAUUUCAUUAAUCAAGUUCAAGACAAGUAUAUAUAAAAGUAUACCACCUCGGGAUGCUUCUGCCAUCAUUGGAUUUGAGCCCAACUAUGCAACUACUCCGAGAAUUGAUUGCACAAUCAGUCAAUUUCCCUUUAACCAGAAUCCAUUAUCUGUACCAAAUGGAACCAGUUUAAACAGAGUAUUAUUCACAAGUACUAUUCUAAGUAGCAUUGCAUCAGCUGGUGGUGCCUUUGGUCUUAUCGGAAGCAUCCUUGUGUGGUUGUAUGGAUCCAGCAGUUUUGAUGAGUGGGGAUUUGCAAGAAGAAUGUUAGAUAAUCCAUGGUAUUGGGUAGAUAAAUUGAAAGGGGGUUAUGAAAGUUUGAACAUUUUUCAAACUUCUUCAAAAACAUUGACAGCUAACGAUCAUGAGCAUGUUUCUUUUAGAUGGGAUGAUAAUUUUGUUGGCAAUAUUUAUAAUAGCGAAGUUGUUGAUAGAACAAGAUUUUAA